AUGUUACGAUAUUUACUUCCUUUUUUCAAUCGAUUUUUGAACUCUCACAGCUUAUCAUCACAUUUGAAGCAUUUUCGCUGCGUUUCGGUGCACUGUUGGUUGUUGCUAUAUGUAAUAACAUAUGCGCUUGGCGGUGGUCUCAUUUUUUAUGAAUUGGAAUAUGAAGCAUCAAAAUCCCAUUGGAAUGAACAAAUUGAUAAAAAAAAUUUAUGCAUUGUAAAAAUUUUACGGAAACUAAAAAAUUAUUCGGAUGAAACAGUGAAACAUCUUGAACGUUGCUGGAAAGCUGAUAUUGAUAAGACGAAAGAAUGGAAUUACAUUACAUCAACUCUCUACGGAUUUGGCAUCAUCACAACAUUGGGUUAUAAUCAUGUCGCACCCUCAACAAUAGCUGGUCGAUUAUUUUCCAUAAUUUACGGUGUACUUGGUAUACCAGUAACAAUGAUUGCAAUUACAGUUUCGGGUCGCCAUUUAAAUACUCUUAUUGCAAGCUGGCGACGAAAGUUGGAAACUUUUCAAGUACGAAAUUGGAAUAGUGAAGUAAACUUGGAAAAUGAUAAAGAACGGGAAAAAGAAAAAAACGAAGAGACAUCGUCCGGUUAUAUGACAAUUAUAAUUAUCGGCUCCUUUUUAACUUAUGUAUUAUUCGGUGGCUUGUUAUUACCUCUUUUAAAUGGCAAGAUUGAUUUUAUCAACGGUUUAUAUUAUAAUUUUCUUUGCUUAGCAGCAAUUGAUUUCGGUCAACUUAUACCUGAAAGAAUUGCACUUUUACCAAUAACAUUUGUAUAUGUGUGCGUUGGACUUGCUCUAGCAACUAUUGCAAUUGAUGAUGGUACAAAAUAUGCCAGAAAAUUGCAAUAUUUUGGCCAAAGGAUUAAAAAUGUUGCAGCAACAAAAAUUUGGUUCGGUAGUAAAACUUUGAGGGUACAAGAAGUACUGCAUGCAGUUGGUAGCAAAUGUGGUAUAGAACCGUCAGUUAUUGAUGAAAUUGAUUUAGAUAAUCUUAUCGAGGAAACGAUUGCACAGAAUGAAGGUAAACUACCAUCUCCAUUCAUUGAUGAAGAAAAUCCAUUGUCACCAUCAUCAACGACGAUCAAAUCACCGUCAUCAAUAGAAGAACUUUUUAAAAUGAAUCAAUUUUUUGCUAUGGAAGAUACGAUCUCGACGAUAUCAUCAGAAGUUCAAGCAUUUGACAGUCAAAAUGAUGAAAAAACAGUUGCAACUGAAAUCAUUCAAUACGAUGAAAUUAGCGAAGCGACUAAUUUUGUGCAAAUUGAAACAAUGGCACUACUUGAAAUAAUGAAUGAACCAUCGAAGUAUGUGGCAGUAGUGGAAACUGUAAAUUCUAUUAAAGAUAGUAAAGCAACUACGAAAGAAAUUAAAAUGUUGCGAAAAUUUAAAGAAAGGAAGGAAUUGUAUGCCCGUGAUCCUCAAAAUCUUCAUAAAGUAUAUGAAAAGGAAUGGAAACGAAUUGAAAAUUUAAUAACAGAUCGUCGACAGCAAACCGACAGUUUAAGUAAUUGGAUUUGUAUUUGA